CAUGUAUGUCUGCAGGCCAGAAGAGGGCACCAGACCCCAUUACAGAUGGUUGUGAGCCACCAUAUGGUUGCUAGGAAUUGAACUUAGGACCUUUGGAAGAACAGUCAGUGCUCUUAACCUCUGAGCCAUCUCUCUUGCCCCUUGGCUAAUCAUUUCUUAUUGUGACGUCAGAGCUGUUUUUUUCUCUAUCUAGCAGGAAGCACACUGUGGUCCACUCAUUGCCUCAUGUGCAGAGCAGGAGCAAGGAUGCUCAUUGGUUUUUGUUGCUGUUAUUGUUGUUGUUGUUUUUUUCAAGGUGAACAAGACUAUUUCAGGUGACCAUUUUAGGUAGGCUCUGAAUUUGUCCAGCAGCAGCAGAACAUAAAAUGGGCAGGUGGAGUCAAAGCCACUCUUCCAAAGCCACCAAUUCAUCCUUAGCUUUUGAUUGGCAGGAGAGUAACAACAUGGUGGUGCCUGCCAUGCAACUGGCCAGCAAGAUCCCAGACAUGUCUGUGCAGUUGUGGUCAUCGGCCCUCCUGAGAGAUCUGAACAAGGCAUGCGGGAAUGCCAUGGAUGCCCAUGAGGCUGCACAGAUGCACCAGAACUUCUCCCAGCAGCUGCUACAGGACCACAUUGAGGCCUGCAGCCUCCCAGAGCACAACCUCAUUACGUGGACAGAUGGCCCACCACCUGUGCAGUUCCAAGCUCAGAAUGGACCUAACACCAGCCUGGCCAGCCUUCUGUGAGGCCCUUCUGGCCUGUGUCCCCAACUUGGACCCAACACUGGAGCUCUCUGGGAACAAAACCACCAGGGUAUCUACCAGCCCCUCACCGUUGUCCAGAGCUGAGUGAGUCCCAGGAAUGUUGGAGCCGUCAUCUGCCUCUGAGGGUGACAGCUGAUCCCUGCCUGUACCAGGACUCAGUGCCAUCUCUUGGAGGGGACUGAUGUCCUAAUCUUUGUCUGAAUAGGAUGACAAUCUGUGUAUAGGGCCAUCAUCAGACUGUUCAACAAAACCUUGGUGCCGACUACCUAAGUGCAACAGCACAAAGCAGCCUCCAGCCCAGGGCAAGCUGAGGGUAGAGACAUAAUCCUCACUUUCCUCAUCCUGCUGUUCUUCCAGUGCCCCUGCACUCAGGGACUUCUGAGGACCUGGAAGUCAGCCUCUCGACCUGACUGUUCUGGAAGGUGAUCUUAGUGCAGGGGAGGAGCUUGGGGCCAGGUGUGCAUGUACAGUUGAUGGCAGCUGAGACUUUGGGUACCCAUCUUGCCUUCGGCAAUCUCCUUGCUCAUAUUCAACAUCGCCUCUUGGCCCAGGGUACUAGGCAGAAGUCCCGCUGGACCUGACUGAAGGAGCUUCCUUCCUAGCAGCUGUGCGGCCUUCCAUGGAGGACAAUUAUGGGACCAUCUCAGCUCCUCUUGGCUUAUGGGCUCCACCAAGGGUGACACAGUGAUGUCAAGGGACAAUGGUUCCUGCCAGUUUGUGGUACCUAGAUAGGUACUCUCUUUGGUGGCGAAGAUGGUGCUUGGAAGCUGUCUGUCACCCAGGCACCAUGAAGGCCACUUCUCAGAGCUUUGGAAUCCAUGACUGAAGGGACAAGGCUCCAAGGCCUUCGUGGACAUCGUCACUGAGCCACGUGGCAGCCACUGCCCAUGGCCAGGUGCUCCCAACCUUUUCCUCUUCCUCCAGCCCCUUGGGUCCCAGGGACCCCUCAGUUUCUGCAUCACAGCCCUGCCUAUUUAUUUAAGCUUUCUUUUCUUUCUUCUUCUUUUUUUUUUUUUUUUUGCUUCUAGGGCAUUUUGUACAUAGAGCAUUUCAAACAAGAACCUUGCAACUUGACAUCUGUCUUGGUGUUAGAGUGCUUUUAGUGACCAUGUCUUAAGCACUGAAAGCUAAGGAUGGGGUUAUGACAAACUCCAUGAUCGGUGUGGAGGGGGCGACUGAAGUGAAACCUCCAUGACCCCAGUGCAGUCACUACAGUGUCCAUUAACUAAAGAUUGAGAGAAAAACCCCAAAGGGCCAGCACGCACAGAUAUUAUGGCAGCCACAAGCCACCCAGGGAGCCAGGCUGGGGUCUAGCCCUAUAUGUGUCUGUCCUCCCUUGGUCCACAGGUGACACAGGUGAAGGAAGGUAUGUCAUGAGUGUGGAGAGUUUUUAACGUGGUGUUGCCUGGUUUUAGCAGCUUGUGCUUUUAAUCAAGAACUUAACAGUUUUAAGUGGAAAGCUGUGAGAAGUCCACCCACCUGUAUUGCUGGUCUCUUCCUACAGAACUACCACUCCUCCAGUCUUCUCAUUUUCCCACCCUCCAGCCCUCCCAGCGGCCACUCUGUGGACUGGAGUCCAGCCUCAAAGGCGUAGCCCCUUUCUGAACUUAGCCUAGUGGGAAGCUGGUCCACAGCCCCUUUUUCUGUUUGAUUUUGGGUGGUUUGGUUGAUUGAUUCCUUUGUUCUUGUUUUGAGGGCUCUGCAAUGCAGCGGUGCCCAGCCUGAGUAACUCAGUUUUCUUGUCUCAAUCUCCCAAGUGCUGGGAUUACAGGCAAAUUCCACCAUGCCUGACUCUUAGUUUGGCUUUGGGGUUUUGAUUGGAAGGGACAGUUCUUAAGAGCUUUUUUGUUUUUGAGACAGUAUCUCUUAUUUACGAAUGACCCUGAAUUCUGAUUCUCCUCUAACUUAUGGUGAUAGGCUUUUGCCACUACACCUGCUUUACCUGGUACUGCUAGGCUAGUGGUCCACCAACUGAGCUAUAGCUAUAGCUUCAUCUCUUAGUCCCCUGUCUUGAUACAACAUUUGGUUUAGACCCUCUCUGAAGUACAUUCCACCCUGCAGCUCCAGCAGACAAGCCCCUAGACAGGUUUACUCCUGUACCCAGGUGUCCCACUGGUCCCUGAGUUACCAGCGUUUAGGAAGCUGAAGUGGGAGAACUAUUCCAAGUUCCAUGCCAGUCAGGGCACCACAGUGAAUUGCAAAUACACCAAUAAAAGAAAGCCUGGGCCAACCCUUGUGCUCCAGAGUGGGAAGGCU